AUGGGCAGACAGCAAGCCGUGGGCCGGCGGAAGGACGCGCGGACCGCGGCGCAGGGGUCGGCCCGCCCGCCGAGGAGUCACCAGCAGGCCCAGGGCCCCGGCCAGUGCCCAGCCCCGCUGGGAGCCCCGGCCAGCACCACGGACGGCGCCCAGGAAGCCCGAGUCCCCCUGGACGGGGCCUUCUGGAUUCCAAGGCCCCCAGCAGGCUCGCCCAAGGGCUGCUUUGCCUGCGUGUCCAAGCCCCCAGCCCUACAGGCUCCAGCGGCCCCGGCCCCUGAGCCCUCAGCAUCGCCCCCCAUGGCGCCCACCCUGUUCCCCAUGGAGUCCAAGAGCAGCAAGACAGACAGCGGGCGGGCCUCUGGCGCCCCCCAGGCCUGCAAGCACCUGGCGGAGAAGAAGACCAUGACGAACCCCACGACGGUGAUCGAAGUCUACCCAGACGCCGCCGAGGUCAACGACUACUACCUGUGGUCCAUCUUCAACUUUGUCUACCUCAACUUCUGCUGCCUGGGCUUCAUCGCGCUGGCCUACUCCCUCAAAGUUCGGGACAAGAAGCUUCUCAACGACCUGAAUGGAGCAGUGGAAGACGCCAAGACAGCCCGGCUGUUCAACAUCACCAGCUCCGCCCUGGCCGCGUCCUGCAUCAUCCUGGUCCUUGUCUUCCUGAGGUACCCGCUCACCGACUACUGAGGCCCCCGGGCACCGCCGGCCGUGGAGACAAAGCGCUGGGACACGUUUGUUUUCACCACUGAUACGACACGGGAUGCUGUGUGGUUGGGGCAGAGCAGGGCACGUGCCCUGGAGCCCCCCUGAAGCUGUGACCCGGGCAGCGAGGCCGCCAGAAGCUCCGUACAGUACGGGGGCCGCGAGCUUCGGGCCAGCCCACCCUCUCUGCCUCCUGACCCUCUGCCUCUGCCUGUUUCUGGGGUCUGUGGGCGUCUCCUUUGCUGCUGCACCCUGGCUUCCACUGGCUGCCCUCCCUGCCCUCCUGUGCCCACCCCCGGCUCCUGGGGCCCCUCUGACCCGACACCCAGCAAGAAGGCUUCUGUGGGAGCUUCCCAGUGUGAGGGGGCUGCCAGCAUCUGGGGACUCACUCUGUCUUCCCCGACCCCAGCUCCCCAAGCUAUGACCCUGCUCAGAGUCUCGUAUCUGUGAACUUUCAAUAAAGUACAUGUCUG